GGAGGGUGCGGGCGGCUGGCUGCCAGUGACCAUCACGACCUCGGUGGUGAAGUGUUGUGGUUUUCUGCGCUAUGGUCUUUGCCUCGCUCGCUCUUUGUAAUAGCUGUUUGUAAAAACUUGUGGAGCACCGUACUUGGGGCGAGGAAGAAGUCAAGAUGAGUCUUCUCAAGAAGUGCUGUUGCUGCUGCUUUGACCUACGGGCUGGUUCCUUGGCUAUAGGCCUCAUAUCUCUCCCGUGUAUUGGUAUAGCACAGCUGGUGAUUGCUAUAUACUGCCUGUUCAAUAUCGAUGAUGCCAAGAAGAGACUAAAGUUCGAAAAUGCUGUCACCUUUGGUAUUGUCGACCCAGAAUCAGAUGCUGCUGCUUACAUCUUCUUUGCCAUUCUGAUAAUAGUGGCCACCAUCUACAUUAUAGCUGCCCUCGUCCUCAUCCAUGGUGUGAGAACUAAACGACGAUUUUUACUGCUGCCAUGGGUCUUCUUCACCUUCCUCAACAUGGUCAUGAUGUUUGCAGCUGGCAUUCUCUCUCUCAUCAACUCUCAUGGAUACGCUUUGCCAAUCAUCGUUGGUUGUAUCGUCCUCGCUAUUUCCAUGACUUGGAUAUACUUCACUUGUGUUGUCUUCAGUUUCUUCCAGGCCUUACAGGAUGGAGACUACUGGUGACUCCAUCUUUUAGGUCUUUAUGCUAAUGGAGUCACAACUUGCAUGAGAAUCACCACUAUGUUUUAUGAUAAUCUAUUAAGUACAUACUUUUAAACUGGAGUUCUCAACUUUUAUUUUCCCAGGGAUCAUAAGCUGUUUCAUACAUCAAGACCUGAUUCAUAACUAUCUCUGAGAUGAAAGGAAAAUUGUCACUUUUUAGUUACUACGUGCAUUUAAGAUAAUCCCACCUGUAUGUAUUGAAAGAAUACCUUGAUGUAUAAUUUUGAUUCAUACAAACUAUAAGAGCAAUUGAUUGCAUGUAUCUGCUUUUGCAGAAUUGCAAGUUUUAGGUAAGUUAUACAGUAUUUAUAUAUGUACAUCACAUUAGUUUUAUAAAGAAAUGGAAUGAGGAAACAGUCAUGAGUUUAAUUCUUAAAAGUUCAACUUGUUGACAUAAUAAAUGAUCAAUAUACAGUAUGACACUAGAGGCCAAAGAGCUCAGUAGCCAGGUGCAGAUCCUUCUAAGUACGGUACAGUAUUUAAUAUUGUACUGUACCAUUUCCAGGCAAAUAUGAGUUUACACAUAAGUACAGUAAAUUAUAUUGGGCCGUAAACUUUUCUCACAACAUGUCUUACAUGUUAAUGGUUUAUUUGACGAGUGUACUGUACAGUAAUUACAGAGAAAGCUUUAAUGUUUUGUUCUUAAAUUUGUGACAAUAAAAUCACUGAAUAACUCAGUAAGGAUGAGCUCACCACUGGUUAUCUGAUGGCCGUUAUCAACCAACUGUAAAUGAGGUCACCAGCAAGUGCUUACCAUUACUGCACAUUUAUUCUCUCAUACGAAAACUGUCUAAUUUAUUUAGAAAAACACCAAGGCUUAAAAAAAUAAUUGAGUGCAUUCAUUUAUACAGGAAGUAUUGUAAAGUAUAAUAAUGUGCAGUUGCUUAUUACAACACUGCACAGUACACUUGCAGUACAGUACCUGUAUGUGAUUGUGUCUUUAAAAUGAAGUUUUUUGAUUACAUACAUGCUAGGUGAAGAUUCCUUAUAAUGAAUGUACAGUUUUAUCGUCAAUGAUAAUGCCUUGGAACAUGGAUUGUCAUACCCAAAAAGUCAACACAUCUCAAACAUUACCUCAUUGUGCUUCUUUAUGAAUGUCUCCUAUUUUUGUAAUACAGAUACUGUACAGGUUCUAUGUGGACUGCCUCGGUACAAUUAUCAUCUAAUGUUAUAGAAUAACAAUACCUGUACUGUAGAGUAAGUCAAGUGCCAAAAUCAGACUUUUUAAAGCUUAUUCUAAUACCCCCCCCCUGUACUGUAUUUUGUUUAUGUAAGGCACAAUUUUUAUGCAGAGAGAAGGUUACUAUCUAAAAGAGCUGGAAACUGAAAACAUUUGCAAUAUGAAUUUCAUAUGACAGUAUUAGGUACAGUAACAUAAAGGUUUAGCUGAAGUGAAAUUCACUGAGUAUUUUUUUCAAAGUACAUUUCUGUCUUUAUACUGAAUUAUUUUAUUUUUCAUAUUUUAGGAGGAAACUGCAGAUUUUGUUUGCUUAUAGGGUGACAUACAUGUUGUUACAACACAGUACAUACUAGAAACUGUGUCUUUAACAGUAAUGUUGAUUGUUUUAAAGUUUAUUUACCAUUUGCUUGUGGUUGCCGUACAUAUUUUUUUGGUAGUACUGAAUAAGCAUAGCAUUGUACUGAAAAUAUAGACAGUAUAUAUGUAAUAUUAGUUAUUUUUUUAGGUUCAUACACUUGAUAAUGAAUCGUUUCCUUUUACAGUUUUCAUAAAAUGUUUAGUUUUAAUACAGUAUGCAGAAUGCAAAUCCGCUGGGCGGGGAUGCGAGGAAAAUGACUGAAUUUACUUUAGAAGUGAUAAGUUGGACCAUGCAUCGGGGAGUACAAUACAGCAAAAGAAAUUUUGAAACCCAAAUUACACAGUAACUUGUGGUUAUUUUUACCAAUCAAUGGUUCAUUCCUGCAAAUUUAGACACACUGUAAUGGUAGUUCAUUGAUGGCUUUGUUAAUUUGUCAAAGCACUAUAGGCACAGAGGCCACAACCAAUUUGCCUUGUAAAUAAAUUCUGUAGUAUUGUGUCUAUCCUUGCAUCCUGCCAGAUUUUAAUUCCAUUUUGUGAAAAUUCAGUUGUAAACAGACCAUUAUCAUGCCUGUGAAUUUAAAAUACUGUACGUACAAUAUAAUUUUCAUAUUUGAUCUGCAGAACUGUUUGAUAGGACAGUACAGCCCAGUAUUGUAUAAUUUACUGAAAUUGUUACACUAUUUCUACUCUACUAUGAUUUAGCUGUUUUGACUCACUCAGAACUACAUUUUCACUUACAUCUGCAUUUAAGUAUUCAAAUUAUUAAUUGAACUCGGUAUAAUUGCUAACAUUUUAUAAUGGCUGCUAUAAUUUUCAGUUGUAAAUUGUUGCUCCUCUGUGUUAUCAAAUUUAAUAUAUAUGUCCUUGUAAAUUAUAUUAUCCACAUCAUUGAUAUCAAAUGCAUGACUAAGCUCUCUUCAUGGACACACUAGGAUAGUUAAUACAUUCUGAUUCAUGUAUGAAUAAAGUAUUGUUUAUAA